AAAAAGGACAGAGGCAUUGCAAAUCCGCCGGUCCGGUCCACGGAAUGUUCCAUUCGCCCCCCUUUCUCUCCGCUAAUUCGCGCUGCGCUGCAGAAGCGAAUGCCGUCUCUCCAAAUCCACCCCAUCAUCCACUGUUUCCUCCAAAACCCACGGCUCCCAUGGUUUUCACCGCCCCAGUUCCCAAUCCAAUGAUUCCCCACGCUGCUCCGCCGGAGAAGCAUAUGCCCAACCCCCACCGAUAAAAGGCGACCUCGGUUCUUUCGUCGCUCGCGGCUGCGUUUCUUCCCAUCUACCGCUGCUGGAAAACAGGAGGGGGAGCGAGAGGAAAAGAGACGCAUUUGUCCUCUUCCUCUCCUUCUUCUGCCGGAUCGAUCUCUAUUUCUUGGGUUUUUCUCGGUCUUCUUGCUCGAAGGGAGGAAUGGCGGAGGUGAGGAGGAGGCCGAAGACGAAGAUCGUGUGCACGCUGGGCCCGGCGUCGAGAUCGGUGCCGAUGAUCGAGAAGCUUUUGAGGGCGGGGAUGAACGUGGCCCGCUUCAACUUCUCGCAUGGAUCCCACGCCUACCACCAGGAAACCCUAGAUAACCUCCGGGCUGCGAUGGAAAACACCGGUAUACCAUGCGCCGUCAUGCUUGACACCAAGGGUCCAGAGAUCCGAACUGGAUUUUUAAAAGAUGGCAAGCCAAUCCAUCUUCAGAAGGGUCAAGAGAUCACUGUCUCCACAGAUUACAGCAUAAAGGGUGAUGAGAACAUGAUAUCGAUGAGCUACAAAAAGUUAGCAGAGGAUUUGAAGCCAGAUAGUGUCAUACUCUGUUCUGAUGGGACGAUCACACUUACAGUGCUUUCUUGUGAUAAGGAAGCAGGCGUGGUUCGCUGUCGAUGCGAGAAUUCAGCUGUUCUUGGUGAAAGGAAAAAUGUCAAUCUUCCAGGAGUCAUUGUGGAUCUUCCUACACUAACGGAGAAGGAUAAGGAAGAUAUCCUGCAAUGGGGCAUCCCUAAUAAGAUUGACAUGAUCGCUUUAUCCUUUGUACGCAAAGGUUCUGAUCUUGUGGAGGUCAGAAAGCUGCUUGGAGAGCGUGCAAAGUCAAUUAUGCUGAUGGCAAAGGUUGAGAAUCAAGAAGGGGUGGCAAAUUUUGAUGAUAUACUUGCAAAUUCGGAUGCUUUCAUGGUGGCACGAGGAGAUUUGGGAAUGGAAAUUCCAAUUGAGAAAAUCUUCUAUGCUCAAAAGGUGAUGAUUUUCAAGUGCAACAUGCAAGGGAAGCCUGUUGUGACAGCAACCCAGAUGUUGGAAUCCAUGAUCAAGUCUCCCCGUCCUACCCGAGCAGAAGCUACUGAUGUGGCCAAUGCAGUUCUUGAUGGCACCGACUGCGUGAUGCUUAGUGGAGAGACAGCUGCUGGGGCUUACCCAGAAUUAGCAGUUCAGACUAUGGCCAAGAUUUGCUUGGAAGCAGAAUCAUACUUGGAUCAUGGGGCUGUUUUCAAAGGUAUCAUGGCAGCAGCGCCAGUACCAAUGAGCCCGUUAGAAAGCCUUGCAUCCUCAGCAGUCCAAACAGCCAACUCUGCUAAAGCAUCACUAAUCCUGGUCCUGACCAGGGGAGGAAGCACAGCAAAGCUGGUUGCCAAGUACAGGCCCGCGAUGCCGAUAUUGUCAGUCGUGGUUCCUGAGUUGAAGACAGAUUCUUUUGAUUGGUCCUGCAGUGAUGAGGCUCCUGCAAGGCACAGCCUGAUCUUUAGAGGAUUGAUUCCGGUAUUGAGUGCUGCAACUGCAAAGGCCUCCGACACAGAGUCCACUGAAGAAGCAUUGGAAUUUGCGAUUCAGCACGCAAAGAGCAUGGGUCUCUGCAAAGCAGGAGAAUCUGUAGUGGCCUUGCAUCGGAUUGGUGUUGCAUCCGUGAUUAAGAUCUUGACAGUUAAGGAGUAAAUGAAUGAUAAUUGAGAAGAAACUUUUGCAGGGACAAUUUUGCUUGAGGGUCCAUGUUUCCUGUUUUUUCUUUUCUCGUGUUAAUUCUAUGGAGAUUGCAGUUGUUUUGCCUCGCAUGGGGGGAACUGCAAAAUUUUGUUGCUUUAGCUAGGAUACAGAUUUUCUUCCUGAUGAAGGUGAUAUGAACGAAUAAGGAUUUUGGUUUAGGGGAGGUUCUAUUGUGAGAAUGUUAUUUCCGUUUAUUUGGUUGCCUAUAUAUUUGAAGUUUAUAUUUCAGGACAAUUGUUGAGUGGGUUAUGUCAUGAUAUUAACUGAAUUUUCUUCAUCUA